AUGUCAUCUGUCGAGCCGUUGAUACCGCCUUUGCUGAUGCCAGCACCGUCAAUGACUGAUGAAAAGGCAACCCCGCCACCAUUGGUUAUCCCGGAAGCCAGCAUGGCAGAGCCACAUCAACCAAAACUCCUCUCCGUGCGAAAGGAACAACCUGCUAAGAAGCCGAAACAGCCUCAACAGAAGAAAGACGAGCCACCGCCACUGUUUGUUGUGGAUAGCGAACUCGAAGGGCGCAUUCCUCCACCCACCCGAAGAAGUAGUGGGCAAACAAAAGCCCAGCUGGCAAAGUCGGCAUCAUCGACACCAAAAUCGCCCAAGAAGCGAGUCACGUUCAGGAAGGACCCAUUGGUCGAAAUUCGCGAGUUCGUGAAAGUUCCGCUGCCGCAACAGCCUGCCCCGUCCUCUCAAACUGUGGCAGCACCUUCUCCAGCCGCAGCACCAGCACACGCGCCUGUACUCUCAACAUCACAGCAAAAGGUUGAAUCCGCUGCUCAAGUCGCCCCUACACCUGGGCCGCUUACACCCCGAGCAAGCAAGGGCCCAGUCCCUUCGCAUGCUGCCUUAUCACAAACCGUGAGCGCCCCGGCACCUUCACCUGGGCCACUGCAACCUUUGUCAGUCCCGGCUCCAGCCCCUUUGCCGUCACAAGCAAUCAGUGCCCCUGCUCCUUCACCAGUGCCCGUACAAUCUUUGGCACCUGCCACAGUGCCCUUGUCUCCUGUGCCCAUAAAAACUGCAAUUGCCAGCUCCAGUGCCUUUAUCGCCCGUGCCACUACAAACUGCUGCUGCCCCUGCCCAGUACCUUUGCCACCUACAGUGUGCUUUGGCCCCUGCUCCAAUGCCUUUGCCACCUGUUGCGAUCAGUGCUGCCCCAGUCCCAUUGCCGCCACAGGCAAUGGCUGCCCCAGUGCCUUCUCCUGUACCACUACAAUCUGCACCAGCGCCAGUACCUUUGCCACAUGUAGCAAAAAGUGCACCAGCCCCCACACAGUGCCCGUCAGAGCUGCUCCAGCCCCUGCACCAGUACCUUUGCACAUGUGCAAGAAAUGCCCAGCCCCAGCACCAGUGCCCUACAGGCCUCCAGCCCCCACACCAGUACCAUUGCCAUCUAUAGCAAAACGUACACCAGCCCCUACACCGGUGCCUUUGCUACAGGCGGCACCAGCCCCCGCACCAGUGACUCUGCCACCCGUAGCGAAAAGUGCCCCAGCCCCCACACCAGUUCUCCUACAGGCUGCACCAGCACCCACACCAGUGCCUUUGCCACAGGUGGCACCAGCCCCCGCACCCGUGCCUUUGCCACCCGUAGCGAAAAGUGCCCCAGCCCCCACACCAGUGCCCUACAGGCUGCACCAGCACCCGCACCAGACCUUUCACCUGUAG